AUGGCCUUCGAUUACGAAUACGUGACUCCGGAGCAGCUUGCCGGCUUUGAUAAGUACAAGUACAGGGCUGUGGAUACCAAUCCGCUCUCUUUGUAUAUUAUGCACCCAUUUUGGAAUGCUAUAGUAAAGAUUUUCCCUACCUGGCUGGCUCCAAAUUUGAUAACCCUAUCAGGCUUUCUGUUGCUUAUAUUCAAUUUCUUACUUAUGGCCUACUUUGAUCCUGACUUUUUUGCAUCAGCACCAGGUGGAAAGCAUGUACCUGACUGGGUUUGGAUUUUAGUGGGCAUUCUUAACUUUGUUGCUUACACUCUAGAUGGUGUUGAUGGAAAGCAAGCUCGUAGAACUAACUCCAGUACCCCUUUAGGAGAAUUAUUUGAUCACGGACUAGAUAGCUGGUCAUGCGUUUACUUUGUAGUGACUGUAUAUUCCAUCUUUGGACGAGGAUCAACGGGUGUCAGUGUUGUUGUUUUAUAUAUCCUCUUAUGGGUAGUCUUGUUUUCUUUCAUCUUGUCCCAUUGGGAAAAGUAUAAUACAGGAAUUCUCUUCUUGCCAUGGGGAUAUGACAUUAGUCAGGUGACUAUUUCUCUUGUCUACAUAGUGACUGCGAUUGUGGGAGUUGAGGCCUGGUAUGAACCUUUCCUGUUUAAUUUCUUAUAUAGAGACCUAUUCACUGCAAUGAUUAUUGGAUGUGCAUCAUGUGUGACUCUGCCAAUGAGUUUAUAUAACUUUUUCAAAGCCUACAAAAACAACUCCUUGAAGCACAGUUCAGUCUAUGAAACAAUGCUGCCCUUCAUUUCUCCGUGUUUGCUCUUCAUUCUAAGUACAACUUGGGUCCUCUGGUCACCAUCAGAUAUUUUAGAGACACAUCCUAGACUCUUCUACUAUAUGGUUGGAACAGCUUUUGCCAACAUCACAUGCCGCCUUAUUGUGUGUCAGAUGAGCAAUACAAGAUGCCAAACUUUGAAUUUGUUGCUUGUACCACUGGCCCUUGUUGUUCUUUUGGUGCGCUUAGAAUUAACUCCUCACGUGGAACCCAUUCUUCUGUAUUUACUCAGCAUUAUUAUUACUUUGGCACAUAUCCAUUAUGGAGUACAAGUGGUAUACCAGUUGAGCAACCACUUUAAGAUUCUGCCCUUUUCAUUAAAAAAACCAAGCUCAGAUUGACUAGAAGUGGAAGAAGAGAAAAUUGGCCUGCAAUCUACAGAAGUACUGUAAAUAAGAUGCUUGUAAAUACUCCAACCAUCACCGUAGAACUAAACUUAUCUACUUGACAGAAAUGGAGACUAAAUGUAUGUGGUACAUGGAUGACAGGGAUGAAGCAUAUAGAAUUUGGACUCCUAUGAUUCCUGUCCAUCUCACUCCCUUUUAUCAUUAUAUAUAUGUACU